UCCGGACCCAGUACAAAUCGGACCUCUGUUAGCCAUGAAUUCAGAAGUGAUUUUAAUGUUAGAAACUGUUAAUUUUGCUGCUGAAAAGCAUCGUAAACAGCGACGUUUGGAUCCAGAGGAAACGCCGUACAUUAAUCAUCCGAUCGGAGUAGCAAGAAUCCUCAGCUAUGAAGGAGGAGUCACAGACAUUGAGGUUUUGCAAGCUGCUCUACUCCACGACACCGUGGAGGACACAGACACCACCCCGGAGGAGCUGGAGGCCAAAUUUGGGCCGAACGUAGCCCGAAUCGUCCAGGAGGUGACGGAUGACAAGGGUCUGCCGAAGCAGGAGAGGAAGCGCCUGCAGGUGGAGCAUGCGCCUCACUGCAGCCGGCAAGCCAAGCUGGUCAAACUGGCCGACAAGCUGUACAACCUGAGAGACCUGAACACCAGCACGCCUGUCGGUUGGUCAGCUGAGCGGGUCCAGGAGUACUUUGUUUGGGCCGCCGAGGUGGUUAGAGGUCUAAAAGGAACAAACUCAGUCCUGGAGAAUAAGCUGGAGGAGCUGUUUCAGCAACGAGGGGUUCAACUCUGACUGGACAGCCUCGCCUUGACGGAGAACAGACUGUUUACAUCACAAAUAAGAUGCUGUUUUGUUCAUAAACUGUGAAAAUAAAUCUCAUUUUUCAGUA